CCUGCUCCAUCGUGUCUCCGAAACACAGCUUCAGUCAACAGCAGGAGCACCAAAAUGGAUCCAAAGUGAAAGGUAGGUUCCCGAUUGAUCUUCUUUUUAAUUUCAUUUAGUUAGAAAGCCUCUAAAUGACAGUAAACCAACCGUUUAUGUUGCAUUUAACACCGAGUAUUCAAGUAGUCACACCAAACUCUGUUUGGACUUUAAAAUGCUAUUCAUGAAAACGCUAAAGAUGUUUAGAAAAGCGUCAAUAAUACAAGAUAUUGAUCCUUAUCCAGGCACCUACAAUGGUAAAGAGUUAAUUGGACCAUUUUAGAGGCUCCUCUUGCUCCUCUGGUCAGUGAAACCUUAAUUCUGUUAGUAGAAAGGGAAAAGUGAUGAGUUUUACAGUUUUUUCCAAACUUUGAAACAAAUAGAAAGAUUGAAAAAACUUGAAUGCUGUUUGAUAAAAUGCUUAAAAGGACCCGUUUCAGUACUCUUAUUCACCCCCAGAUUAUACUAACAGCAAGAACUCAAAUCUUAGUCAGUAUUUUUUGUACAAUUUCUAGAAAAUGUGUCUCCUGAGUGGAGGUUUUUGACCUCUGUGAAAGAGACUAAAUUUCAUAAUGAUGUCUCUUUAUGAUAUUCAAAAGCUAACAAGACCAUCAGUGACAAGACUUAAGAUAUAUCCUGAAUUGUCACGUCUGAAUGAUGGGGUAGGAGUCAGCCAAGCAGCUGAAGAAACAGUCCCAUCUUUAAUUUUCCACAUUUAAUAUUCACUAUACAUGCAUUUGACUGUCAAUAAGCAGUAAUGAUGGAUUUUGGGUGUGAAGCAUGGACUGUAUAUACUAUGGACAACUUGUUAUACGGAUUUGAAGCCAAAAAGCUCUCGGUAUUUCUGGGAUUUUUCUUCAUUUCCUGAAACCAGCGCUGCUCAGUAGCGUUGUGCGCAUUCCGAGGAAGAGUCGCCGAGAGUCGCUGUGAUGAUGCUCUGCUCAAACAGCGUAUCCCCCUGGUGAGCUACGCAAUCCCUGGCUGUAUCAGGUGUCAAUAAUUGAAAAAAUGAACCCCCUAAAAACUUUUAAAAAUGGAGCUUCACAGAAAAAAGGACAUAAGUACAAACCAGUCUUACUGUAACUACAUGUCAACAUCGCAAGCAGGAGGGAGAAUAAUUUAUAUUCUGUGUAAUGAAUUUGUAAUAAAGUUUGUCCACAGCUUCAUAAGCUUUGCUGGCGGAGGGUGCUGUUCUCGGAGUGGUUUCACCCGCAAAAAACAAGACUGCUUUGUCCAGAGGGGGCGCCAAAAUGCACUCAAACAGGUUGUUAACUGACACUUAACAAUCUGAGUAUGUCAGUAACAGAACUAAACACAUUAUGUAGGUGAACUUUGAUCAGCUUCAUCAGCCUCUAAGGAUGUUGUUGCUGUGUUUACAGCCUUUUUUGUUGCCGUAGACACGUUUCAUGCCUGUUUAUAAUUCAGAACUCAAAAUAUGUAAAUAAAAAAGGAAUCUGCUUUAAGAAUAUCUCUUUAAUGAAUAUCACUUCUCCAGAGAGACUUGAUGUUUGCAAGGUGCUAGGUGAGAGUUUACACGCAGAUGUUGGAAGAUUCUGGCUCGCGUCUUUCCUUGAGUAAAUACAGGUUAAGCGCACUCACUCACACUCUCACAGUGUUAGGUUGUGAAUUCAGGUCUGUGUUAGUGGAGAAAAAGCUGAACCCUCUCCUCUCUGCCGCCUGUCCAUCAGCCCCUCAGCACUAAACAAGUUCUUUCUCCUCUCAUCCAUCUUUCUGUCCUUUUCCACUUCAGCUUGACCUCAUGAGAAACUGUGGAGGUCUGUGGCUAACACUCUCAGGUCUCCAGUUUAAUGAUUUAAUGCCACUUCCAUUUAGGGGGUUAUAUAUAUUAGAGGCAGCAAGCUCUUGUUUGUUCUAGCAGCUCUGUUUCCAUUCAGCUCUGAGGCAGGGAAAACUACAGCACAGUCAUGUCUUUGAGCAUUAACUAGCAAUGAAUACAUCUGAUAUUUCCUACAUGAAUUCUCCUCAAGAGUUUAACCUCUCUGGUUGUUUUUCCAUUUUUAGCCUUUGGAUUUUGCAGCUUUUAAGAGACAGAAUUAAAACAUGGAAGGAAAUUGUACUGGCAGGCAGCUUAAGAAAAAUAACAUCUGACUAAAUGGCACUCAUGCUGCUUAAAAUUGUGUGUCCUCGACUUUUUGUGGCCCGUUUUGGCCCCAAAAUGCUCUUUACUCUGCAAGUUGUCACUUCAUCGCAGUCUUUCACAAAAGAUCAAUAAGUUAUUGAAAGUAACUAUUCCCACCCUGCUCUUUGGACUGUAGUGAAUUGGAUGAGACUUGAUUGGAUUGAAUUAGGUAAAGUUGAUUGUAUUGGGUUAUGUUUAAUUCAGUUGGAUUGGACAGAACUGGACUAGACUAAAUUGGAAUCCUUUGAUUUGAUUGGACUAGACUUGAUUUGACUGCAUCAGAUUUCUUUGGAUUGGAUUGGAUUUAGUUGAAUUGCAUCGGACUAGAUUGGAUAUGAUUGGACUGGAUAACUCCAACUGUUGGUAAAGAAAUAGCUCUUCAAACUUUGAAUUUCUAUAUCUAUAUGAGCAAAUAAACAAAAUAUGAAGAGCAAAUAAGACAAGUUUGGCGCUUUCAGGCACCACUUUCCCCAUACAUUUAGGGCACACAACUUCCCCAUGAUCCUAUAGUUUGAUUUAAUUAUCAACGUUUGUAUUUCUCAUAAUUUUCACAUUAGUGUAUUUCCUGGAAUCACAAAUUAUCCAUUUAAUAGAGAUGCUUAUGAAGUGUUCUCACAGGGAUGCUUGUCUAACCUCUAAACUGCAGCUUCCCCGUCUCUACAUCAGUGUGUGUGCGUGUGUGUGUCUCCCCUGAGCUCAGUUUUAUUGCCCCAGUGAAAGGUAAACCUCAGAGACUCCUGGGAUUUCAAACGUCAACACAUCCCGCCUUGUUUAAACCGGAGCGAGCUGAAUGUUUUGAAGCAUUUAAAGUCAAUAUUUCUCUGUGACACACUGGGCGUCUCACAGUGGAGCUCUGUGCGCAGGACAAGGCGUCCAUUGAGGGCGGUGACGUGGGGGCUAGGGGUCGGGGUCGGCUGCUGGUUUGGGGGGUUAAGAGCUGCUGGAAACCACUGCAGACCUUGCGAAGGGACAGUCAGAGAUUAAUGAAGCCCUCUGAGAUUUAGUGAGAUGAUUCUUUAAUUUAUGGAAAGAAAUUCAGUAGGUCAGUGACUGCUUUUACCCUACAUUUACACCGAAAUGUUCCUUUAAAUGUACUUCAGCGCUGCAAAAACAAUAUAAAGGAAAUGCAGUUCUCUUUAAGUCAAUUUUUUCUCAAUUUGAUGUAACUACUCUUAGAUUUUGGUAUUGCAGAGAGACUGCAGGAAUGCACUGUUUCGCAAUUUAAAGAACACAAGAACAUGGUUUUUAAGUAAUCUUCUUUUUAGGGCAGUGAGAUGUAAAAUGAUUGAAUGUUCAAAAACUCCCAGAGGGCUCAGUUGACAAGUCAAAAAUUAAAAACACUUUGUGUCAAAUAGAAGUAAAAUACACCUGAUACACCAAUAGGCUGUAUCAGGUGUCAAUCAAAGAAAACAUGAACCCCCUAAUAACUUUUAAAAAUGGAGCUUCACAGAAAAAAGAGGACUUACAGUAAAAACAUGUCAACAUCGCAACCAGGGGGGAGAAAAAUAUAUGUACUGUGUAAUAAAUUUCUGUUUUUGUUGAUGUAAAUAAUUCGUCAACACCCCUUUUUUUCCACGACAAAGACGUGACCUUGACAAGCUAAACAUAAGUCUUAGAUGACUAAGAUGUGAUGAGAAGAAUGUGCGUUUACGUUGACAAGACAAGACUAGACGAAAAAGUUAGUGGUGGACGAUGUACAGAGUUGCAAAAUUCGUGAACAUUUCGUCAGUCAAACGGUAAACAUAUACUCUGCAGUGUUGUUUUUGUUGACGAUGACGUUGACGAAAUAUUUUCAUUUGUUUUCUUUGACGAUGACGUUGACAAAAUAUUUUCGCCAACGUCAUCGUCAACGAAAACAACACUGCUGCACACCAUAUCAACACUGAUCUGAUAUUUUGCACAUUUAUCUCUUUAUUUUUAAGAGUGAUAUCUUUUCACAAUGAUAAAAAUAAACCCUGAAUUUUCAGAACAAUCACUCUGAUGCUGUCUCCUAAUUGUUUUGGCCAAGACCAAUCCAAAAACAGACACGAGAACAACACAAAGAACACAGCUAUCAAACCAAUAGGUAAUUUUAAUUAAAUUGAAAAAGACUUGAAAUGAUAAACUGUACAAGAAAUCCCUCUUUUAGCUAAAUUCAGCCAAACUUUGUGCUUAUAUCACUGUUUCCUGUGCAGCUGUAAAUUGACAUUCACCUAGUCCUAGACCUGACAUGAUUGUAUUCUGUUGCUCUUAAACAGUGGUUCUCAAGUCCAGUCCUCGAGGCCCACUGUCCUGCAUGUUUCCCUGCUCCAUCACACCUGAUUCAAAUGAUCAGCUCGUUAUCAAGCUCUGUCAUGGCUUAAUAACGAGCUGAUCAUUUGAAUCAGGUGUGUUGGAGCAGGGAAACAUCCCAAACAUGCAGGACAGUGGGCCUCGAGGACUGGACUUGAGAACCACUGCUCUAAAAUAAAUCUUUAUAAAGCCAGGGAAAUAGAUCACUUUGAAAAAUUAGCUAUCAAAAACAUACUCAGAGCUGCUCAUGAUAGUUUAAUUUAAAUGUUUGAGUAAACUCUAUGCACCCAAAGAAACUGGCCAAUCACAGAUGUUUUAAAAAGCCUCUAACCAUUACUCAGCGGUAACUUUCAUUAAUUUUUGUGUAUGACAGUUUGGUGUCCUCCUGCCGCCUCUGAAGUCCACUGAGCGUCUCUCACUGAUUCUGUUUUUUCCUUUUCACUCAGCUCCCCCUGCGUCUCUCUGUGUCUGUAAUCUUUCAGCCUCCGCAGUGACAGGAGGGCUGUAAAAACAGAGCCGGAGGAGGUAAUCUUUAAGUCCAAACGCAGGGUCGAGUCAUUCAUCCUCCUCAGGGGGUUUGUUACUUCUCUGUGGUGAGGCUGAAGCGGCUCAGAGAUGAAUGUCCCGCUCUGUAAAGGUUUUGGGAUGAGGCCUGGAAGUGUUAUUUGUCUCCUCUGCUCUGCAGGGCUCACGGGGGGCGAAAUCAUCCUGUAGUUUUUCACUGGGUAUGAUUUAUUGGUGCCAUUAAUUCCUGAUUGUAAGGUCACCUUCUUCGCCUUCUCAGAUCGCCAUCCUCGUCUGCAGUCAAGCCAGACUGGUGUCUGUCCACAGAACAGAGAGUACCAUUAUUCCUGCAUGUUCAGACACUUAAUCAAAGUGUUUACUGAGAAUCUGAACACAUCUCUGAGCAAAAAUGAUCGUUUUUAUCCAUCUAAAGCUCAGUCUUUGUCACCUGAUUCUUUCUUAGAGAAAAUAUUUUAACAGUAAGGGUGGGAGAAAAAAUCGAUACAGCAUAGUAUCACCAUAUUUUGUUUGGUGAUAUAUCGUAUCGUCUAAUUUACCGAGUAUCAAUUUUUUCCAAAUUUAUUGUUAAUAUGAAGUCAAAUCUAUGAUAAUGGAAAAAUAAAAUCAACUGUUUGUCCAGUGAGGUUGGUCAAGGUAACAUCAUUGAGCAGGAGAAAGUUGGUACAACAAAUAUAUACAAGGUUUGCAAGAUGUGCUACAUGAAUAUAAAAUACAAGAGACAAAUGCGAAAUAAGCUUAACAGUUAAAAAAAUGGUAUAAAAUGCAAUUAAUUGUUUUACAAUAAUCACUGUAUUUCAAAAUGUUAAAAAUCACAAUAAUAUCGUAUCGUGGUCCAAGUAUCGUGAUAAUAUCAUAUCAUGGUCCAAGUAUAGUGAUAAUAUCAUAUCGGGGUCCAAGUAUCAUGAUAAUAUCAUAUCGUGGUCCAAGUAUCGCGAUGUAUCGUAUUGUGGUCCAAGUAUCGUGAUAAUAUCGUAUCGUGGCCCAAGUAUCAUGAUAAUAUUGUAUCGUGGUCCAAGUAUCGUGAUAAUAUCAUAUCGUGGUCCAAGUAUUGUGAUAACAUCGUAUUGUGGUCCAAGUAUCGUGAUAAUAUCGUAUCAUGGUCCAAGUAUCGUGAUCAUAUCGUAUCAUGGGGCCACUGGUGAUUCCCACCCCUAAUAAACAGGAAAAAAUUGAACCUUCUGAAAAGUGCAAACGCUACUUCACUAGCAAUGGAUCCCUGGAUCCCAGUGAGUUUUCUUAAUUCAGGAGUUGCAUUCCUACCAAACUGAGAAAGUUUUCUGUGGACAAAGGGGGAAAAAAUGGAGUAGAAGCUGUUUAAUUACUGUACACCACCAGAAACAAGUGACCUACAAAUGUGGUGAGCUGCACAGAGAAUCAAUCUAAAGCCUGCUGUUAUUUUAUAUCAGUUAGUUUCUUGGUUGUUUAUGAUUACUUGUUUAUUGUCAAUAAUAAUGAACUGGCACUCUCCUGCUGUGAUGUGUAAGUCAGUGAUCAGUCGUUUUGGGAUCCAUGCAUCUGUAUUUUUGAAAUUGUGUUGCUCUGUCAGGUGUACUGUAUAUAUAUUAAUUGUACCUGCUGCCUUCAGGUUUGUAUUGACUCCACGUAGUACUUACACUUUGUUUGUUUUUUGUCAUUGGCAAGUGACUUUAAACAAACUCACUCAAAACAAAGUGAGUUUUUGUGCUGAUAGACACAGGUGACUCUAGAGGCUUGACUAGAUUUCUUUGUGUGGGUAAACACGAUGUUUGUCUGAGUUAAUGACAUUUCCUGUUGACUCUAUCUUUCGUUUAUUUGCUCUUUAAUGACACUACAACUGAAAUCGACCAGCAGCACCAAAGCUCAUUUUCUGUCCAGAUGAUUUAAAGCUUACCUUCGACACUUACCUUUGAGUUUUCUGCUGCGUCACCCUGAACUCAUGCAGAUAUUUAACAGAUUCUAUCAGGAAAAAAAUUCUGGGUAAAGUUGGGUAUAGGACCUUUGCUUUUUGCGUUCAUGCGUGCAUCCAUCAUAACAUUUCUGGACCUCUUUGGGAGUUUUGUCCAUUUGUAAAUCGAGUAAUAGACCCUAGCUUCUUUUGCGACAAGUGUAAGUGCCUCCUGUUGGUCAUUAGAAAUAUUGCAAGUUAAAGAAACUUAAAAAUUGGCUUUACUUUAGUGGCAGACUCUAAACUGGUUCAAUCUCUCAGUGUGCCUGUGAGAAAAAUAAAGGAGCGAACACAUCCUGAAUGACCUAAUUUUCUCACCAAUAGAAAACUGUGUCUCUCGAAAGUAACAAUACAGACACACACUCACACACACAGUGCCGACAUCCCCGGCUAUUCACAGAGUAAAGUUUGCUCUGAACAAACAGGAAUGCUUUGCUCCCCCCUCCCUGCACACACCCCUUUACUCCAACCCGCCUCUCACCCCCCACCGCUCGUCCUGCACACACUCCGGUCAGCGUGCCACUGUGUGCCGAUGUGUAACAACUCCUCUCAUACCCUCUUUUUUCUCUCUCUCCCACCAUGUGAAGCUCUGGCGCCGCUGGUUUGAGUCCCAGAUUGUCGGUUUAAAAGUAAGUAAGUAAGAUAUAAAAGUAAGUUUGUUUACCUGUUUGCAGAGCGUGUCUUCAAGCAUGUUUGGUGCGGGUUAUUCAGUCUUUUUGCGCUGUGUGUUCUCCUUUUUUUGCAUGUUUUUCUUUGCUUGUUUCCCUCCCGUCGACUCAUUUCAUCUUGAAUGAUCUAUAACAUGACCUUUAACCUUACCCCCCUCUCUUUUCAAACCUGUCUUUGGUGCUUUCUCUCACUUCUGAGCCUACUUAUAGCAUGUGGGGGUUAGUAUGAUGUGAAGUUAGAGUUAAAAUCAAGAUGGAAGUGAUUUGGGAAAGAAAAUCAGAGAGGAUGGAGAAAAGAGACCCACAAAACCUGGAUGUGUGUGAUGUGUAAAUGAGCGUCUUCUUUAUCAGAGCCUUUUCUGGCUUCUAUUUUUAAUUAUGGCUCAAUAAUGUGCAUUUUUUAAAGUUCCAUCCCUAAUGGGUUUAUUUGGUCUAAUGAACCAGAAUUCUUUUAUUUUAUUGUUUUUUAAGCAUCAUCUUGAAAGACAUAUCUGUUUUUGUUGAUUCCUUUGGCUCCCCUUUUCAUCCUUUCUUCACUUUAGAGGCAUAUAUGUUGAAAAGUUCCUCUAAAACAAGUUGUCUUGAGCCUGACUAAACUAAACCCCUCUUUUAAUGCAGUAUCCUUCUACUAGACGCAGCUGCUGUUUUACAAAUGUAAUGAAAAAUUCCACUUAACGUGCCUCUUUUCUUGGAAAUGAUUGCUCUUCAGAGUAAUAGGAUCAAGACUGACUUACCAAUAUUUAGCAGAUUAAUCUCUCGUGGUAUUUUAAGUAUUAGUCAUUACGGGACAAUAAUAGUCAUAUUCCUGGCUUCAUAAUAAUCUUUAAAAAAUAUGCUUUUGACUGUAAUAAGAACUACUUUCAUUAAAAACGACAAGAUGUGUUUAGUUGGACUUAUAUUCAGAUAUAACAGCAGUUUUUGAACCAGCCAGCUGAGCUAGAAAUAAAAAUCAAAAGAUUUUAUUCAUAAUCUGCAAGCAAAAAGAAAAACUGCGCGCACUGAAGCCUAAAAACUCUAAUAUUUUUAUAUAUAGUGUUUUAUAAAGACACUAAAACUUUAAUAUCUCCUGCUUUAGUACCUAUUUACCAUUCAGCCUUUAUAAAGCUUCUUUUUGUACGCCAUAUAGAGCAUAGGGAUUAUAUUUUAAUAAUCAUUCUUGCUAUGAAAUCAUCCAUGUGAACUGUUUGUGGACUUUCAAAGUGCUUUUGUGACUUUGGGAACAAGUUUGGACUUUUUCCUGGAGCUCUGACCCAGAUCUCUCAGUACCAACUUCCCCGGCUGAUAACAACCGCCCCAAAAUUUUGAACACCAGUCAUGUGACAGCAGGCGCUCAGAUUGUCGCUAAUACAGUAAGAGGAUUUUACCCUCUACUCAAAGAUAACCGAUUGGAACCAAGAUGGAUGAUGGUUUUUCUGAACCUGCAGAUAUACGCUGUGUUUUGUAGACAUGAAUUUCAGGAUACAUUUUUGUAGCUGCAUUUUUGCUCACCCCCUUUGCAAAUUUCUGAAACUUUUGUUGCUGUAGAUUCAAAUGAUUGUUUGGCAUUUUGCAAAUCAGCCUUAUUAAUACAAACCAUGUCAACACCAUUUUAGCAUUAUUUGUAGCCUGAGUAAUUAUACAUAGCUCCAUUGUUCGACUUUUUUUUGCUUUUGGUUUGUCUUAAACUUUGAUUUUUUGGGAAACAGAGCCAGAUUAUAAAAGCGUGUUUAAUCUCAGAGGGCUUCACAAUCUGAUAUAACGCUGUCUAGUCUCAGCCUCAUAGUGUUGCCAGCACAUAGACAAUGUCUCGGUGGGUUUUUGGAAGAUUAAUGAUGAAUGUUUUUACAUUUUUACCAUAGAAGAUCACCAUCUAUGAUCAAUCACUUAAGCUAUCUUUGGUCACUGUCUGCCAUUGUAUUUGGUCAUCUGCAUCAAUAUUCACAUGCUUUGUUGAUGUUUCGAGAGAUGAUGCACCUGUUGAUGUGCUCAAAAACGUCCGAGAUUAGUUUAUUCACAUCACGCUUUAAUGUCUUGUGAAGGUGAUAUUUGGGGAUGGGAAUCAAAAACUGUUUCCAACUAGUUUGAUCCAUUGACAUAAUUUGCCUCUUUGCUUAAUGGUUCCCUUUGCAAAACAACGGAAAGGCAGUCUGUGUGAACAACAACUAAAGAAGUGAUCAUGGAGGAUAGUGAUACAGAAUUGGUCCAAAACGCUGCAGACUACUGUAUAGUAUUGUUGUGUUUACAAAGUCAACUUUUAAGAUAGAACAGUAUAACAUACUUACUGUGAAAUCCACUCGCUUCGUUAGACUGGUUAACUUCUAUGUGUUUUUGUGACUUCCAGAGAGGAUCAGUGUAUUUUCAGAGACCAGGUCCACUCUUUUAAAAUGCAGGUAAAGGCUGUUUCUAUAAAUAGCUGAUCACAACAAGAAUCUAGGCCUCCCUCUCUCCGCAGAGCAGUGAUGGUAAUAAAACCUCCAUCCAUUAUCCAUGAUCUUUACCGUUUAUUACUUGUGGGUCACGCCCAUGCAUAUGGGGGUUCUCCCCUGGUACUCCAACUUCCUCCCACAGUCCCAAAACAUGCUCCUCAGGUUAAUUUAUCAAUCUAAAUUGCCUUUAGACUCGCUAGGGGGGAAAAAUGUAGCAUCAACAAUAUAAAAAGACCUGAUGCUAGAACUAAUAGGUAGAUGACAUAUCACAAUGAAAUAACGGUCAUGUGUUUCAGUUUUUCAAGUGUGCCAGCACCUUUAUUGGCGUAGAUUCAGGCACAUUAUAGAUGGUCAACCUGAUGUAAUUUUGGUGGUUUUUCCCUCUUCAAAGCGAUUCAUAAAAUAAUAAUAAUAAUGAUAAUGCUAAUUUAUUUCUAAAUUUAAGUUUGCAAUCAAAUACUUAAAGCUGUGUAUUAAGGCUGAAUCCACUCCAACAGCAGUUGCAUGCAAAUAAAACAGGCAAUCAAUGGCUUUUAAUGCUGCACAAUAUCAUUUUUAAUGUACAAAACCCAAUUCCAUUGAAGUUGGGAAAUUGUAAUAAAUGUAAAUAAAAACAGAAUACAAUGAUUUGCAAAUCCCUUUUAAUCUAUAUUCAGUUGAAUACACUACAAAGACAAGAUAUUUAAUGUUCAAACUCAUAAACUUGAUCUUUUUGCAAAUAAUAAUUAACUCAGAAGUUCAUGGCUGCAACACGUGACAAAGUAGUUGGGACAGGGCCAUGUUUACCAUUGUGUUACAUCACCUUUCCUUUUAACAACACUCAAUAAAUGUUUUGGAACUGAGGAGACUAAUUGUUGAAGCUUUGAAGGCUUGAUGUACAGCUUCAGUUGUUCAACAGUCCGGGGUCUCCGUUGUCGUAUUUUACGCGUCAUAAUCGAGUCGAGUACCUGCACUCUUUUACUAUGAAGCCACGCUGUUGUAACACGUGCAGAAUGUGGCUUGGCAUUGUCUUGCUGAAAUAAGCAGAAAGGGCGUCCAUGAAAAAGACGUUGCUUAGAUGGCAGCAUAUGUUGCUCCAAAACCUGUAUGUACCUUUCAGCAUUAAUGUUGCCUUCACAGAUGUGUAAGUUACCCAUGCCUUGGGCACUAAUGCACCCCCAUACCAUCACAGAUGCUGGCUUUUGAACUUUGCGUCGAUAACAGUCCGGAUGGUUCUUUUCCUCUUUGGCCUGGAGGACACGACGUCCACUAUUUCCAAAAACAAUUUGAAAUGUGGACUCGUCAGACCACAGAACACUUUUCCACUUUGCAUCAAUCCAUCUUAGAUGAGCUCGGGUCCAGAGAAGCCGGCGGCGUUUCUGGAUGUUGUUGAUAAAUGGCUUUCACUUUGCAUAGUAAAGUUUUAACUUGCACUUACAGUUGUAGCGACGAACUGUAUUUACUGACAGUGGUUUUCUGAAGUGUUCCUGAGCCCAUGUGGUGAUAUCCUUUACACAUUGAUGUCGGUUUUUGAUACAGUGCCGCCUGAGGGAUCAAAGGUCACGGGCAUUCAAUGUUGGUUUUCGGCCAUGCCGCUUACAUGCAGUGAUUUCUCCAGAUUCUCUGAACCUUUUGAUGAUAUUAUGGACCGUAGAUGUUGAAAUCCCUAAAUUCUUUGCAAUUGUACUUUGAGAAACGUUGUUCUUAAACUCUUCGACUAUUUGCUCACGCAGUUGUUCACAAAGUGGUGAACCUCGUCCCAUCCUUGCUUGUGAAUGACUGAGAAUUUUUGGGGAAGCUGCUUUUAUACCCAAUCAUGGCACCCACCUGUUCCCAAUGAGCCUGCUCACCUGUGGGAUGUUCCAAAUAGGUGUUUGAUGAGCAUUCCUCAAAUUUCUCAGUAUUUUUUGCCACCUUUCACAAGUUCUUUGGCACGUGUUGCUGCCAUCAAAGUCUAAAGUUAAUUAUUAUUUGCAAAAGAGUUUGAACAUUAAAUAUCUUGUCCUAGUAGUGUAUUCAAUGGAAUCUAGAUUGAAACGGAUUUGCAAAUCAUUGUAUUCUGUUUUUGUUUACGUUUAUCACAAUUUCCCAACUUCAAUGGAAUUGGGUUUUGUACAUUUGCUGUUUUGUGAUGCAAAAAAUGUAGAUUUUGCCAGAAACUUUGGGGGAAAAAAUCUUGAAGUGGGGGCUACAGCAGGUAUGCUUUUACUAAUUUGCCUUGUUGUGUUGUUUUCCUGAAAGCAGAAGCAACAGAGUUGAUGAUAGCUGAAUAGAAGGAGACAGAGACGAGAGAAGAGAUAGGAAGAGAGGGAUCGCUGCAGCUGUGAGCCUCUUUAGGAUUCCUGCUCUCUACCUCCUCUCGCCGGGGCCAAACCGGCAUCAUUAGGUUUGGCAAAUUACCCGGGCGGCCAUUGUGGCGCGGCCAUGGCACGUUAGUGUGUCUUUUUAACUGUGGCUAAACUCAGUCCAUUCACUUGUAAAAGAGAGCGGCCAUUGGCAGAUAGUUGGCAGGUUGCACAGAGAGGCCAUUCACCCUGGUAGGAAGGAGCUGAGAACACUGCCUCGGAAAUGGUCCUCCCUGAAUAUUUUGAUGGAGAGACUCUGGAUGCCCUCUCAGUGCACAUUUUACUCCAACGAACAAAUCUGCAUGAACUGCCUACAUCUGAAAUUUAUAUUUAUGCUCUUCAAAGGUUCAGUUUGAACGGUUUCUGUAAGAGCAAGGGCGAUUUGCUUCCGGCGGCAGCUGCUGUUUUGUGAAUCGGAGGAGUUCAGAGUUAAGAAUCUCAGGUUUUUUUCUGUCUCAGGGAGGCGGUGGGUUUUUGGGGAGAUUCAGUGUUUCUUUUAAUGAUAUCUGGAUGAAGUCCAAGAACAAGUGAGUUCAGACAAGAGGCUGAUACACAAAGGUCAGAUGCUGUACCCGCUCCUUUUAUUCCUGAUGCCAUGGAAGGACAAAUUACAGAGCGUCUGAAUGAGGGAAUAAUUACUUGCAAUUAAUUUCCCUGUCAUAUAUCACCUCAACGAAGAGGGUUCAUCUUGAUUUAAUGGGGCUUAGUAAAAAAGGAAUUCCUUUGUUUUAAAAACAAAGCCCCCUUUUUACAUAUUUGAGGGCCCAAAAGACUGAGAGACAAAGAGUUUUGGAAAAGCUCCAGUUGUUCCAGUUGUCUGCAGUGAAACAAGCUGUAAUGUCUGCAACAUAAUCCCUCCGAUCAAAGUCGGUCCACUAAAAGUUCUUGUUUUGGUCCCCAGCGGGCUCAGAUUAGUAAUUUAGGAGUGUGAUGACAUUAUAGAGAGGAUUCUUACUGAGGUGGAGCUUUAAGUUAAAAAGGAAGAGGAUGCUUUGAAAAUGAAACUCAAAAUAUUUUCAUACACAGUUAUGUUGUGCAACACAGCAAGAAGGUCCUGGGUUCGAAUCUGGGUCAGGGGGUUUCUGUGUGGAGUUUGCAUGUUCUCCCUGUGUCUGCGUGGGUUUACUCCGGUUUACUCCCAAAUCCCAAAAAGAAGCAAAAGCGGGGUUAGGUUAAUUGUUCAAUUCCAAAUUGCCCGUAGGUGUGAAUGUGAGUGUGGAUGGUUGUUCGCUUCUAUAUGUCAGCCCUGCAAUGAACUGGCGACUUGUCCAGGGUGUCCCCUGCCUUCGCCCCAAGAUGCUGGGAUAGACUCCAGCCCCCCUGUGACCCCCAACCAGAUAAGUGGUAGAAAUUGGAUGGAUGGGUGGAGUUAUGUUGUGCAAAGAUUAUGACUCAUUUAGGUGAUUUUUCAUACGUUACCUGGCAGACUUCUUCUUCCCUGUUUUUGUCCAUGAACUGGGGCAUGUCUUGAUAUUUUUCAACCACCUGUUGCUCAGUUAGAUUUUGUAACACAAGUGUUUCAGCUCUGCAUUUAACCCCUCAGAAGUGCAUGCAUGUGUCCGUUCUUGGCAAACACAACAGGAACCCUCUCACUGAAAAAAAAAGGCUCCAUAGUGUAACUACUCCACAGAGGACCUUGAAGUGUUGUCAACUUGUUGAACCAGGUACUCAGGGACAUGUGAAGCAAUGUGUGCAGGUUUUAAGAUUGUUCAGAGAGGCUGUAAGAUAAUUAAGGCUGAAAAAGGCUUUAAAAGGUUUUUUAUUUUGUUUUAGUAAGUGUAGUUUCUAAAUUUUGCUUUGUGCAAACUUCAGAAUGAAAAAAAAAACCACAUGUACACAGUUUUUUUUCUAUCUGUGCUUGCAAAUGAAUAUCAAGAAAUGGUAAGGUUGGAAAAAAGUCAAGGUCAAAAUCAAAAAGCCAAGAUUAUGGCAUAAAAAAUAGGAUAACAAAAUGAAAAGUCAAGUUAGAAUAUGAUGAGCUACAUCAAUUACCUUACAAGUCACUAUACUAUGAUUCUGAUAAAAAAAUAAUAAUAGUAAAAAAACUUGAAAAUAGUAAGCUAAAAAAGGAAAUCCUGAUAUAACAUGUGCUAAUUAGGAGAUAUCUUGGCUAUAAUUCUUGGUAAUUUACAUUUAAAGAGUAGUUGUUAAAAAAUGAUUGAUCACCUUUAGACUGAACUUUGAAAUAAACCAAAUUUUGCACCUAGUCCCAGUCCUGUGUGUCCUUAACUGACUUUAGAGGCCAAAAGUAUUGCCGGUAACAGUGAAGCAGAGUUUGAACCUCCAAACUUUUAACAUUUUUAAGAAAUGAGCCAAACUUGCUACAACUUUGCAUUUUGUCCAACAUACAGGGCUGAUUAUACUCUUCUCAACUUGCCAUUUUGUUUGCUCAAACUUGAGAUGUGUUAUUAUCAGACUUUCUUAAAAUGAUGCAAACAAGUUUUGGAGUUCAGUGAAUAAAUUAAUUUCACUUUAAAGGCAAGUUCACAUGAAAUAAUCCUCCAAUAUUUACAUAGAAUCCAGCUGUGGUAGUGAAAAAAGUUUUUUUUUAUGUGUUUUAAAAAGUCUCUUUAAUGGACGUGAUUGGCAAAAGUACAUAUUUGUGAUCUAUGUUGAGUGUUUUAUUCGGAGGUAUUGAAGGGAAAUCCCUCUGGUCUGUGUUUCUCUGACAGCUCCUUAAACUUUAAACAGACUCUCAAACAUCUCAGAGCCAUUCAGUCAAGUCUGUGUUUUCUCCGAGUGCAGUCUCACGUGAUGUUUGAGCUCUCCUAGAGGAAAGACACGAGUUAGGAGGAUUAGUCUGGAGGAAAAUCACACGGCAAACAGAGCUGUGAUAGAUGCUGGAAGAUCAAAAAUACACCUGUCAGAUUUUGGUUUAUUGAUACAGAGAAACCACCUUUUAAACUUUACACUCGGUGGUAAAUCCUCAGCAGCAGGGGGAAAAUCUUGGCAGAGUUCCUCUCAGUGUCGGUCACAUGUUCCUGCCGUGUUUCUCCGCACGGUUUUUCCUCCCACAGUCCAAACACACUCUGGUCACAUGAAUCAGAGACUCUGUAUUUCUAAUCUCCCCUCAGAUUGUUAAAGCUGUACUCUGUUUUUCCACCACAUGCACCAACAUGAGGGAAUGAAUGUUCUUACACACUCCUGGCACCAAAAAACAACAAGCUGGAUGUUAGAAAGCUUUCACUUCCUACUUUCUGUCAACACAGGCUCCAAAAUCUGAAACACAAAGAAACAGCUGACUUCUUAAUGCCCAAAUCUGCAGAGACCUCAUCUAACAAAAACAACGUAAAUCACGACUGUGGUUCAUUUCUUAAACUCACAGAAGUUCCCCCAAAAUGUAUGUCUUGAUAUAAAUUAGAAAACUAUGAUCAAAUAAAAAAAACCUGAGUAAAUACAGUAAUGACAACAAUAGCAGGUUAAGCUACAAAUCUGUGGACAUGAAAUCUGUUGACUAAACAGUAGAGUUGAGAUAGAAAUGUCUGAAGAUGAUGCUUAAAAUGUCUCAAUGAUUUGUACGUAGCUAGUUUUAUUAUGGGGUGAGAUUUAAAAGGUUGAUUGUUGUGAUUCAUAGUAUGUAUGGAUUCAUAGUAGCUCUUUUUUACUUGUAUUUUGAAGAAGAAAUAAAAAAUCUAAAUGUGAAGUCAUAAUUAAAAGGGAGUGAGUCAGAGAUAGAGAGUUGUAAUGAUACGAUAGAAAAUCAAUAUUUUGAGAUGAUAAUAAAGAAUAAUAAAUUUUUUAUUUAAAAUAUGAAAUGGGAAGCCAUACGUAAUGGUACAAAAACCAACAUUUAGUGUUUAAGUCAAAGUGGCUGACUGAAAAUCUUCAUUUUUAGACUCAAAAGUCAAAAUUGAUAAAAGUUAGAACAAUGAGACAUGAGGUCCAAUGUAUAAAAAAUAGGUCAAAACAACAAAAUGAGCCACUAUAGGAUCUAUGCACAGCCCCACUACUUCCUGAACUUAAGGCAGCUCCUUUAUUUCCUGUCUUACAUUAUUGGACAAAUUAAUUAAUCCAGGUGUGACUGAUCAUUGUGACAACUCAGAUACACCUGGAUUAAUCAGUCUGUCUAAUAAUGUAAGACAGGAAAUAAAGGAGCUGCCUUAAGUUCAGGAAGUAAUGGAUCGGUGCAUAGAGCCCAUUAUCUUGUUAUACUGGACUAUACUAGGGCCUGUCCCAUUUAUCGACGAGCCGAUUAAAUCAGCCAAUCUUAGCCCGUUUGAGAGUAAUCGGUAAUCGGCCAAAACUCGCCAAUAUUUUCAGAAAUAAAAUGCGAGAAUAAGAUCCGAUUUCACUUCGAAAAUGUUCCGCCGUUUGAAAAGUUCCACGAAUUAUCCUGUAGAUGGCGCAGCGACCUCGUGGCAUCUUCAUUGACAAACUACCUCACAGCACAGCAGAGUGACGGAUCGGAAUCAAGCAGCUCAGGGACACAUGGAGGAGAGUGGUCCACCUCAACGGUAAAUAAACUAGUUUGUGAAAUGCACAAUAAGUCAACAAGUUUCAGUUCAACCCACUUCACGAUGUUCCCCGCUGUGCUGGACUCGGUCAUGCCGAGUUAACGGUGAAGUACCAUGUAAUACGCAGGCUAAAGUUAGAGUUAGCCAUCUGCUAUUAGCCUUGCUGCACUGUUAGCCGUGCCAGUAACGUCGAAAAACCUGUGGCAGCUGCAUGUGUAACGUGAGUUAGGAUGCAGAGGCACCGAUCGGCGCGCAGGGGUGGGGUGGUGUAGUUGAAAACGGUUUUCUGGUGAGUUUGAUCAGUCUUCCUGUCGACAUGAAGAGUAGAAGCCUACAGAAUAUCUACAGUAUAUAGUAUAUUGUAGUAUAAAGUAUACUGUAGAUAUCUACAUUCUAUAUAUUUUUAUAACUUCAUAAAAAAUGUACAAAAUCGGCCAAUUUUUAAUCGGUAAUCCCCCCCCCCCCCCCCCCCAAUAAUCGGUAUCGGCAACGGCCCCAAAAAAUCCAUAUCGGUCGGGCCCUAGACUAUACUGUAGUGAUUAUUAUGUAGGUCUGGCGUGUUUAUAGUAUAAGGCUGAUUGAAAGUGUGCACGUGUUUUUGAGGGAAAAGAGGGUAAAGGUUUUUAAAAGUCUGAUUCUGGAGACUGAAAAAGCCUGUUUGGGCUGGAAAUCUAGCUGGAGGCACUGUGAAAUAGGUUUGGUUCAAACACAGCUACAGCUGAAGAAAGAAAGCGCGCACAAAAGUGUCUGAAUUUAUCUGUUUAUUGACUGAACCUUAUUAAACCCCUGCUCAGGGUUCAGCACAUCAGUUGUUUUUACAGGUCCUUAUGGGUUGUUUUGAGUGCCCUCUUUGUGCCUAUCACAGACUGAGAAUCUGCAUCCACACAUUUCUUCUACCCCUGAACAAUCUGACUGACGUCUGCUGCACUGGGCUGAAAAGACAAAUCCCAGAACACAAGGCCUCUCACCGGCCCGCCUUCGCACUGCGAGAGCAGCAUUGGCUCAGAACAAAAGCAGGGCCAGCGGUGGAGGCUCGGCUCCUGUCGCUUCAUUAAGCAGCAAAAACCUCUGCUUCACACUCAGUCAGUCGUCCUGGAGAGCAGCAGACAGGCUCACAUUCAGAAAAACCUCUCUGCAGAGGGAGCAGCAGCUGCAGAGAAACCAGUUUAACAGUUAAAGACAAAAAAAGAGAAGGGGUGGAGGAAGUUAAUCAGACCUUCUAAACUGUAGCUGAAGAUGGCAGCUUCAGGUGUUUGGGAGUAAACUUCAACGUUCAUAAUUGUUUCUCCUACUUUCAACAGUUUUCUCCUUAAAUGCUCUUUAUGACCGUGUUUUGUUCUGUCAUAAGCUGACAGAUCAACUUCCCUGACAGCUUCUGACUGAAACAUAAGCUUCUUUAAACUGUUACUCCAAAGCUGUUAGUUCAGUCACUUAAAGCUCACAGGGCUUAAAACAAAAGCAUGACUGAUAUAAUGACUGGAUGUUAAACAGUUGAAGUGAGGCUGCUCUAUAAAACUAGGCAUGGUGGUGUAUUUUUUUCCCCCUUGCAUAAGCUUAGUUUAAAGCUCAUACAAAGCAGAAAAUGGAGUUUAGGAAUGUUAUCAUAAUGAAGUUUGUCAGGCAGAGUGAGCUCUGAUUCUAACCUCAACAAGGUUUAAUAAACACCGAAAGAAACAGCAAAUAAAAAAACAAAAACAGAAACCUUCCUCUCUUGAAACAAAUUGCAUGUUUCAGCAUUCGCAAACAAAGUGAGCGUGAAUGCACCAGUGAAGUUUUAUAUGUGCAAAACUAACAUGCAACAGGUUAGUUUGAUUCAAGCUUUUAAAAAAAUUACUAUAUCAGAUGUAAUGUCUGCAAUAAAUCUCAGGAACCUAUGUCUUUGUAUUCAACAGGGUAUCCACGGGGUCUUGAAAAGUCUUCAAAGAUCUGAAAUCGAGUAAUUUGAAUUUAAGGCCAUAAAAUGUCUAGAAUGAUCUUAAAAACUCAGGAAUCUAUGUCUUAAAUACAAUUUUAAAAGGUAUUAAAAAUGCAUAUGAUCUACUCAUAAAUAAAUAAUGUGCCAUAGAAAUAAAGAUUAAUUUAAAGUAAUGUGAAAUGUUCUGAUUUCCCUUCAUGUCUUUUUUACUUUUUUGCCUUAAAUCAGUCAUAAAUUAGUCUUAAAUUGGACUUGUUGAAACCUGCAGAGACCCCGAUUAAAAUUUUGCACAGCAACGCAUCUUUUUGUGCCUCACUGACUCUAAGUACUGCCUCUGUUUUCCCUCAUUAAACCCCAGAGGAAGGAUUUGGCACUAAACGUUGCAGAAAUGGAGUAACAGGGGCAUAAACAUUGCACCUUUGGACUCACAACAGUCAGCCUAAAAUAGAAAAGGGUCAACAUUUUCUGACCUAACCUGUUAAAUAGAGGGCAGUGUAUUGAGCAGGAAAAAGGAGGGAGCAGAGAACGACAUGCAGGAAAGGGGCAACAACAAUACUGAGAGGACUACAUCAACCAAUCGACCAAUCACAAGAAUUUUAAUGCUGUUUUAUGAUACCUGCUUCAUCGAGGAGCUUUCACGCUGUUAUGACUCCUACGCCUGCCUAAUCGUCGUCAUAUCACUGGCUCUGAGCAGAUUUGAUGAACAUAAAGGGAUUCUGAUGUUGACACAAAGACCCCUCAUGGGGCUCACAGCUCAGAGUUCACACCCCCGUGUUUGGCUGCGGUCCUGGGCCCGUCUCUGAAUGGAUCCCCUCAGUCAUAAAGAUUUUUGUUGACGGCGCCCUCGGUGUCGGAGUCGGCCUUAGAGAGAUUGGCGGGUCAGGCCUUUUGAGGUGAAUUAGCCGUGACCGAGUCGUGCUGACACAAUCGAGAGGCUGGAGAGCAGACAGACAGAGACGGCAGGGCAGAGGGGAUGGAGCAGAGGUUUAAAACUACAGUUAAUUUGCAGCAGGACUGUAUUUUACCUCCAAAAACAUCAGAAAUGUUCACCCCAAUCCUUCUAAAUUUUCUAAACUGAAGCAGACAAUUUAUUUUUUUACUUUUAAGAAAUUAACAAACUUUUCCUUUUUCAGCAGGUGUUUCCUGAGGACCUGACAGAGGACUUAAUGUGAUUGUAGCUAUGGUAACAUCAGGGUGGGGGGCGUGGUCACUCUCCCCCUGUGGCCUUGUGCUGGUCGUCUUCACGUCCCUGUGUCUGUCCCAGCAGCCAAACGUCAAACCAGCAGAGUGCAGCAGAAAGGAGCAUCCUGUGGUUACAUACCAAGGUGAGUGCAAUAUGACGUGUGGUUAAAUGCAGAGGUGGGAGUUUGCUACCUUGGGGUCGGGGUCACGGACAGCAUCUGCACCUUUGCCGAGAAAAACCUGGUCCUAAGUCCGAGGUCACAGGACAAUCAGAUACAGUCACAGUCCUGACUAUAAACAAGGCCACCUCAUGACCAGGCUCCCCCCUGGGCUCGGUGCCCUCUUGUCCUCAGGUUCAACCUCCAGGGGGAACUCUGGGUGUGGACUCUGUCACUGAAGGAAAGAAAGCCCCCUGAAUCAGUCCCCUUAGAUUGACUAAAUGAGAGUGGAGAAGCCACUGCCUUGGUGGGGACCUGAGAUUUGAAUCAUCCCUGCAGCUCUGAGAAGAUUUGGGACAUGACCAGCUCCCCCAGGGGUUCGCCGUUGCCCCCCUGGGGGUUUACAGUUUCAAGAUGAAAGCUUUGCAUGGCUCUAGUCAGAAGAUAUUAUUAAUCAAUCAAUCAAUCAGUCUUUAUAUCAACCAGUCAGUCAACCAAACCUUAUUUUUAAAGCACUUUUCAUACAGUGAACCACUGGUUAUGCAAAUUAUUAGACUUUAGGAUGAGCAGGACCCUCUUUGCUUUGUACCAGUUUGCAUCAUAUUACUCCAAAGGGAGAACGGACAGAUAAUGAGAGGUUUACUCUUCAUUUUAUUGUUAUUUUUUGCAAAGAAAGAAACUUUUCAUUGUCCCCUCUUCUUUGUUUUGCUCUGCUCUGUUCUGCUCUUUUUCCUGCAUUCAUGCCUAACCUUCAUUUGUCUCUCCAUCUCUCUUCAUCCGCUCUCCAUCCAGCGCUGAGGCCAUGGAUGCCUGAGUUUUCCCACAGAGGAGCGAAAGAUUUCUCCCAGCUGGCCCUGGACCUGAGCAGAAACCAGAUUGUUGUGGGAGCAAGGUGAAACAUCAAAAGCAGACAGUGGUCAAACAGUAUUGAUAUGUUUUAAUAAAGUGUUAUUAAUAAAACAUAUAUGAUGAGAGUUUUUAUUAUGUCUAAAAUUUCCAAAUCUCUUUCACAGAAACUUUCUCUUUAGGCUGAGUUUGAGCAACGCGUCACUGAUACAGGUAACCUUGUUCAAAAACACAACAAGCACCAGCAUUUGCCCUAAUUUGACCAAUUCUAACUCAGCAGAAGUAUCACCUGUGCUGAGACUCUGCUCGUUAAUCUGAUUUCAAAUAAAUUAAAACAUCCUAUUUCUCCUUUACAGGCAACAGAAUGGUCACCUGAUGAAGAAACAAAGCGUUCGUGUCAAAGCAAAGGGAAGACCGAGGUAAUGGCGACAUUGUUCACAAUAAAAAUAACCCAGUUUAUAGCUGUUUUAUUCAACACAAACACCCUAAAUGAAUGGAAGGAGUUCCUAGUGCAUAAAAACGGUGCUGUGAUGUUUUUUGUCUCUGCAGGAGGAGUGUCAAAACUAUAUCAGAGUGCUGUUGAUUAGUGGAUCAACGCUCUUCACAUGCGGGACCAACGCUUUCACCCCUGUCUGCGUAACCAGGCAGGUUGGUACCAAAAGGGUGAACAGGUGUUUGCUCUACCUCCCCUUACCCCUAAUCUAAACAGAGAGGAGAGUAGUUAGGAUGUAACAGAGCACAUAGAGAGAUGAUAGAAGGAGGACAGAGAAGUCAGAGCCAGGGUGAGAGUUAGGGCUCUAUUUUUGUGCCCACCAGCAGCGCGGUGGACGGUGGCGGACACCGCACAGUGGUAUUUUCGUCUGGCGGAGCCCAGUGCACAGCCAGUUUGGUAUUUUGCGGUAUUUUUGACAGUGACAUUUUCAUGCCUGCUGGCGGCAUAGAAAGUGUGGCAUCGCUGUGGCAUUACUGUCUUCAGACAUCUCUUGAUCUCUUUGACGACUUCACAAAAAUUGUAAUACUCCUCGCCGGGGGCGGAUUUAAAGGUGAGGAGAGGAGCUUAUGUGAUUGGCGAAAACAGGUCUUGGCUGUGUUAAAUCCACUCCAUGCCUUAUCCCCUCCCUCUCUACUACUUACGCUGCUGGGAGGAGCUAAGUUAGGGAGGGGGGAUACUUACGCCGGGCUGCGCCGCUCACCAAAAUACCAAAAUGUGCUUGGGCACGCCUUGUCGGCGCGGCGGACCUGACUUGCGCCGUGCCUACACAACGCCGCCAGCUAGGCACAAAAAUAGAGCCCUUAGAGUUGUACAAAGAUGUACACUGUACCUCCUCUGUUUUCACUAUUUUUAAAAGAGAAGAGGCGACAGGCAAAGAGGGGUAAAAUGAGAUCAAAAGUUUUUCCAUAGUUUUACAGCUCCUAAAUGACUUUAUUACCACUCAUCCAAAUCCACUGAUUGGUGUGCACGGGUAAAGCAAGAAUUACACAUAAGUCAAAAGGUUUAACAGAUGUCUGAGAUGGUCUAAGAACAGCUCAGUAAGUGAAUAUUUUGUCUGAUAUUUACAUGAAAAAAAUCUCUAGAGGCUCCAUCACCACAAACAUGCCCUCCUCUCUCUCAGAUCACUAACAUUAGCCAAGUGAUGGACUCUAUAAACGGUGUGGCUCGCUGUCCGUACGAUCCAAGACAUAACUCCACUGCCAUGGUCACAGAGCGUGGCGAGCUGUAUGCAGCAACAGUGAUCGACUUCUCAGGACGGGACCCGGUGAUCUACAGGAGUCUAGGAAACAUGCCGCCGCUACGCACUGCCCAGUACAACUCCAAAUGGCUCAAUGGUAACUGAAUUCAACACUGACUGUUCUGUUGUUCUGGUAAUGAGUCAUUACAAACCAAAUUGUCUUUGUGUCUUCAGAGCCUCAUUUUGUGUCGAUUUAUGAGAUUGGCCGCUUCGCUUACUUCUUCCUGAGAGAAACGGCGGUGGAGAACGAUUGUGGGAAGAUGGUGGUCUCCCGUGUGGCCCGAGUCUGUAAGAACGACAUGGGUGGACGUUUCUUGCUCGAGGACACCUGGACAACCUUCAUGAAGGCCCGGCUGAACUGCUCCCGCUCUGGAGAGAUUCCAUUUUACUUCAAUGAGCUGCAGAGCACGUUUUACCUCCCAGAGCAGGACCUGAUUUACGGCAUCUUCACCACCAACGUGUAAGUGAGAAUAUCCAGAACUGUUUUUUACAGACUCUGUUCAUAGCUCAUAUUGAAUCCUGAUUCUGUUUGACUUCCUUCAGGAACAGCAUUUCAGCCUCUGCUAUCUGUGCCUUUAACCUGAGCUCCAUCACUCAGGCCUUUAACGGGCCUUUUCGCUACCAGGAGAACCCUCGCACUGCCUGGCUCGCCACACCAAACCCCAUACCCAACUUUCAGGUAGCUCACAUGUUUGAAACUAGUUGCUGUUUAUUUCAGACAAAGUGGUGGUAAAGAGGUGAUUAAGUUAAAAAAAUAGGAAAAAAAGAGUUAAUAAUAAAGUGUCAAAGAAAAAAAACACAAAAGCACUAAGAUCAUAAACAUUAGAGCUCCUCCUUGUGUCUGCAGUCUACUAGCAAAGCAAUUGCGAUGGAAUUCUGGUGCACUGUUAUUUUGGUGUACACUGUUAAUAACUUUUUAAUGUAAUAAUUAUUUUAAUUUUAAUACUUUAAAUAAUUUUAAAACUUUUUGUCCAUUAAUUUUCAUGUUUUUUUUAAUCAUCUGCAAAAACAAACAAAAAAAUAGAUUUCAGAAUUGAAUGGACCACUGGCUGACCUGCUCACUAAUUGUAGGCUUCAGAUCUUUUCCUUUCAUUUAUUCUUUAUUUCAUUCCUUUAAAAAUAAAAACAAACAAUUUAAUUUAAAUACAAAUGUUCUCUUUUCAAGAAUGAAAGGGAGCAGAAAGAAGACUAAUCUUAUUAUAUCUGCCCCUUUAUCAUCAGAAAUCAGUUUACAAAGAACAAACUUAAAAUGAUAAAAUAAAAAAAGCAACAACAGCAUAAACAAAACACAACAAAAAAAUAUAUAUAAUGAAAUAGAAAUAGAAAUAUAACUGCUUGCCACCAUAGACAGUCAUCUACCAUUUAGUUCCCAAGUUACAAUUCAGUUAAUGCCACUCAAACAACAACAAAAAUUAUGGUAUGACGAUCAGAUCUAACUAACAUAUUUCCUUAUAUUUCCUUAACAUACUGGCUUUAAUUAUUCUUUUAAAUGUAAUGUUUGACUUGGAUUCUUUGAUGGCUUUGUUUAGAUUGUUCCAUAAACUGAUUCCUUUUACAGAAAUACAACGUUCCAUCAAUUUAGUCCUGAAUCUUGUUUUUUUUAAAGAUCUCUGUUCCUUUUAAAUUAUACUUGCUUUUUCUUUUUUCAAAUCUUUUCUGAAUGUUGACUGGCAAAUUUUUUUUAUGAGCUUUCAGCAUAAUUUGCAGGAUACUAUAAUCUAUUAAUUCAUGAAAUUUCAACAAUAUUAACUGAAGGGAUAAUGGAUCUUUUCUAUCGUUACAGAAGCUUUCUCUGAGGUCUUUGUCCAAUGUCUUUUGGCUUUUGAAGCAUCAAAAAAAGAAAACAGAAUAAAACCAUUCACACAUGAACUCUAAUUCCUAAAACACUAAAACCACAUGACAUUAACUUCUUUCUGUUUCCUCAGUGUGGGACUCUGGAGGAGGGCGGCCCGGGUGGAAACCUGACCGAACGAAGCCUCCAGGACGCACAGAGACUCUUUCUCAUGAACGAAGUGGUCCAGCCGGUCACAGUCAACCCUCUGUUUACCCAGGACAAUUUACGCUUCUCCAAGCUGGUGGUGGACGUGGUGCAGGGCCGAGACUCACUCUACCACAUCAUGUACAUUGGCACAGGUGAGAACGACAAGACAGUGAAGGUGCCCACGUCAGAGGGUUUAUUGUGAAACUCUUCAAAUUAAGAGAAAAAAAGAAGUCAAAGAUGUUCUCCUGGUUCUUUUUUGUCCAAUCAGAGUACGGCACCAUCAUGAAAGCUCUCUCCACCACCAAUAAAAGCCUCCAUGGCUGCUACCUGGAGGAGCUCAGGAUCCUCCCUGAGGGGAAAAUUGCACCAAUCAAAAGCCUGAAAAUCCUCCAUAGUGACAGAUCUCUGUUUGUGGGGCUCGAAGACAGACUGCUGAAGAUCCCGUUAGAGCGCUGCUCCAGCCACCCAACCAAACGGUAAAACUAGUAUUACUGCAAAGUGUGCAACAUCUAUGUGGCUCGAUUAUAAUCUUGGGCACAUUUGCAGCAGUGUUUUGUUUCAGCCUAUUUCACUGCUGCAAAAUGAACCAAACAACCGGAGCGCUUCCAAAGCAUUAUGCAAAAUAUGAUCAAAUAAAGCCCAUGUUCAUCAUACUCCAGAAUAUGACAACCCUCCUUUCACAAAUGGCAUGAAUAUGACUCAUUAUUGACGUAGAAUUCAAAGUAUAAAGCAAACUUGGAGUCUAACAUCUGAAGUCAGGGCUCUGUUUACAGUUUGCUGCUGCAAAAGGUGUUUGUACAGGAUUAACAACUCAACUUUGAAAUACUUAAUAAGAUUUAUGAGUCCACCGCAUUUACGGAUAUAAAUGUACGGCUGUAAAGUCUGAAACAAUAAGUGCUGACAAAGACGAUUAUGUUAAAAGCUUAGUUAAUUUCCCUGUGAACAAACCGCUGUUGGUGCUGCCAGUUUAGAGUUUGGCAGAGCUUAGUGCAGAUAUUUUGUCAGCAGGCAAUAGAAGGUGGUUGUUGGUUGAUUUUAUUGCAAAAAUAUGUCAACAAUCUGCAUGAGGUGUGAUAAAAGAGCCCCGUUAUGGUAAUUAGAUGAUGAAAUACAAAGAUUUUUAUGAUGUAAAGCGCAGACCUCUGAUGUUUUCAUGCAGUUUUGAGUCACAAUUUCACAUCAAACAUGACUGUGUCCUAAAGGAUUUGAUUAUUAGGCCAAUGCAACACUGACUGACCGACUCCCGUCUCUUGUUUUAGUCACUGCUUGGACGCGAGGGACCCAUACUGUGGCUGGGACCUCAAACAGAAGCGCUGCACCACCAUCCAUGAGAGCACAGACAUGAACCAGUGGAUCCAAAACAUCACUGAGUGCCCGGUAAGACACAGAUGUCCAGUUUUCAUGUUUGGCGGUGUUGGAUUUAUUUACAGUGUCUUAAAAAAGGCUAAUUUUUUAUCUUUUUACACCAAAUUUCUACAAAAUCUAAGUGUUGUUGUAAUACCCUUUUUGGCCACAAGAGGCAGAAAUGCACCCCUAAAAUAUGAAAUCCUAAUACUAUCUCAAAUGCAUUUUAGUUUUCUUAAAGUGAAAUAUUUUUUAUUUUAACGUUCCACACUCAUAGUGAAUAUUUUUUUGCACAUUAUAAAAUUCAAACAUUUUAGAAAUGCCUCAUCAAAUGUUUGUAUUUUAAAACAUUUAAUGAGGCGUUAAUGUACAAAAUGUUGCUAUGAGUUAGGUAGUUGUUGUAAUUGAGUAAACAUUUUAGAGAGCUGCAGAUGUAGAUCAGUUUGAUGCAUCAAGAUGAAUUGAAGCUCUCCCUGUAGAUGAGAAAUCUGACACAAGAUGGUGGAUUUGGUCCCUGGGCACCAUGGACGCCUUGUAACCAUGAUGACGGUGAGGGCUCGGUCAGCAGCUGCAUGUGCCGGUCUCGCUCGUGUGAUGGACCCGUGGCCCGGUGUGGAGGGGAGGAGUGUAAAGGAUCGACCAUUCAGGUGGCAAACUGCUCCAGGUACGCUCGCUCGCUCAACACCGCACCCUUCAAAAUAAAAGGCACCAGAAACAAACAAACAAAGAAGAAUCUUUAAGUUCAGAUCAUCUGCAAGAUUUUUGAUUGGAUUUUAGCCUCAUGGAGUCAAGAAGAGUACUGACUUUUGAUAUUUCCAACUUUGUUAAAAAAACACGUAAAGAAUUAUGGCUCGUUGUUUCCUUCUGUCUUUUAGGAAUGGCGGUUGGACCCCUUGGUCUUCAUGGGGUCAAUGCAGCAGCAGUUGUGGGAUCGGAUUUGAAGUGAGGCAGCGGUCCUGCAACAACCCCUCGCCUCGCCACGGGGGUCGAAUUUGUGUCGGCCAGGGCCGAGAGGAGAGGUGAGGAGGAAAAUGUUGCGGAGGCUUCGUAAAAUUUGAAUUUAGCAUCACGAAUUUGGAUUGAAAUGGUUUCCUUUGUGUGUCUCCAGACUGUGCAAUGAUAAGAAGCCGUGUCCCCUGCCUGUGUCGUGGACGGCAUGGGGCCCCUGGGCUCACUGCAGUGCUGAAUGUGGAGGCGGGGUCCACUCCAGGACCAGAACCUGCGAAAACGGCAACACCUGUCCUGGAUGUUCAAUAGUACUGCGUUGUUUUGAUCUCUUAGAACAUGUUUAGAAGGAAAUAAGGCGCAAACUUUAAGAAUUUCAAGACUUUUUGGAUCAGAAAUUUCUUUAAUCUGGUCUUUUUAAAGCCACCUAACUAUUUAAAAAAACAAUAGUUAGAAAUAACAUGUUUUUUGAUUUGCUCCCCCAAAUCUGCCUUAAUAUGUUUGUCUGUUUUUUUUCCCCCAAAAUUCUGUGUAAUAAAGAGUAGGACUUAACCUUCCUCUCUCUUUUUCUCCAGGAGUACAAGGCCUGUAACCUGGAGGCCUGCCCUGAGGUCCGCCGUAACACCCCCUGGACCCCCUGGAUACCUUUCAAUGUCAGCCAUGAUGGGUCGAGACAGGAGCAGAGGUUCAGGUACACCUGUCGGGCUCUGCUCCCUGACCCUCAGCAGCUUCAGCUGGGCAAGAAGAAGCUGGAGACCCGGUUCUGUCCGAAUGACGGGAUCGGAGCCUGCCAGACCGACUGUGAGUACUGUAAACAGGGGGGGGUGAUUGAUAGCUCUGAGGGAACCUUCUCAACAGGAUCAAUAAAGUCUAUCUAAUCUAGUCUAAUCUAAUCCAAACAUAUAAGUAGAUUGUGUUUUCUGUGUGUUUUGCAGCUCUGGUUGAAGGCUUGGUGAAGUCUAGUGGUCAAACCCUAUCUCAACCUCAGGGUGUCCGCUGGGGAUCAUGGGAAACGUGGUCCACCUGUUCCCAACAGUGCUCCAGAGGCUUCAGAACAAGGAAGCGUAGCUGCUUGACCUCAGAGGGCCGCACCAACCCCAGCGCCUGUGUAGGGUCUCCUGUCGAGUAUCAGGACUGCAACACUCAACCCUGCCCUGGUAACGUAAAAGUAGAUUUUUGUCUGUUUUUAAAAGCAGAACAGGAACGGUGCAAAGAGUUUGUUUGUUUUACAGUGAAUGGAGCCUGGUCGUGCUGGUCCUCCUGGUCCCCAUGCUCUUCCAGCUGUGGGGGAGGACACUACCAGCGGACCCGAACGUGCAGUAACCCACCGCCUGCUAGUGGAGGAGACAUCUGCAUUGGUCUGCACACUGAAGAGGCUCUCUGUAACACACAUGCAUGUGAAGGUACAAGAAUACAUCAACAUGUAGUAAAAGCAGCUGCUUCAGAACACGACGCUGCAGUAAUCUCAUGCGGUGACCUCCAGAAAACCACUCGUGAUCAAAAAGGAAAACACCUCAUAAACAGGUUUUCCUCAUUUACCCUCAGGUUGGGGUGAGUGGACCAGUUGGGGGGACUGUGAUGAUGAAGGUCUGCAACAUCGCACUCGUCAUUGUGGAGAGGAUCAGGAGGCGGAGUCUGGUCUCUGUCAGGGAAACAUCACGCAGUCUCGGCCCUGCCAGCCUCAUGAGGUGCCUGGUAAGCACAUAGAGGUUUUUAUAAGCUCAUUUCUGAAACAGGCUCGCUGCGUGUUGUAAAUUUUCUGCAGACUGUCGCUGAUGUGAAGUGGAAAAAUCCAGGCAGUCUUACAAAGGUUUAAUCAGACACAGUAAACGCUGACGUGUUCUCUCAGUAGAAAUUAAAAAGAUGAAUUAAUGGAGGUGUCAGCAUAGUGCCUCAAUGUAGAACAAUGAGGCCUCUUUACAAAUUAACUUGUCUGUUUGAUCUUCGAAGCUCCAGUGGUUUUACUCCACCACUCUCAUGUCUUUUUUUUUCUCUCUCUGCUUUUGUCUUUUUCAGUCAUUUUACCGGGACAGGAAAACCAGAGCUGUGGAAGUGAGUGAAAACUAAUUACAUCUUCACAAUUACUUGGAUUUUUUUUUCUUGUGCACACACCUAUUGUUCUAGCAAACUCCCAAAAGAUGAUCUGCUGCCUUCAUUCUCUCGUUGCAAAGUAAAUUUUAACCACCGGGGUUUGAUUGUUGUCUCCAGAGAUGUACAAACACAAAGUUAAUGCAGCAAAGUGACAAAGUUUUAACUGUCUUUUGUACCUAAUAUGUUCCCAGAGUGCUGGAUGGAGGUGUAUUGAUGGAAGGUUGACUAAUUAGGAAAUGUGUGGGAGGAAUAGCUGAGGGUCACAGUCAAGAAAGUGGAUUCAAGAACUAGGGAGAGCUUCCCAAGGACUGAACUGAGCAGUAAGAGCCAACAUGCACAGACUGCUUCAAGACAGGAACUACAAAUUCCAUGUUCCUAAAAUCAAGACACUCUUGAAAACAUCACAUGAGUCUUACCUGAGCUAAGGAGAAGUCUGGUGUGAAGUUUCUGUGGUGAUUUGGGUUCAUCUGAUGCUGUUUGUCCACUGUGUUUUAUCAAGUUCAAAGUCAGCUCUGCCAUCUACUGGCCAUUAGUAGUUUAUUUUUAGCCCCACUGUGAGGAGAUGGAACAUUUUUUGUUUGUAACUUCAUUCAGUAACCUUAUUUGUCUUCCCCGUGUUCUAGCCUUCACUCUCUUCCAGUUGGUAGCUGUGGGUUUGGCCAGUUUCUUUGCAGCUGCGUUACUGUCGGCACUCACCUACUCGUACUGCCACCACCUGAACCGCCCGUCUGCAGAGUCGGCCGUCAUCCACCCCAGCACUCCCAACCACCUGACCUACAACAAGCAGGGCAACGCCACACCAAAGAAUGAGAAGUACAUCCCCAUGGAGUUCAAGGUGGGCUGGUUUAUCUUAUUCCGUACGCUGUCUCCUGUUCCGUAUCUAUCAUUCAUAUAUUUUGUUUCUUUUUUUAAGACUCUAAACAAGAACAACCUCCACGUUAAUGAUGAGACGUGCAACCACUUCCCCUCUCCGCUACCCCCCACCAACAUGUUCACGACCACCUACUACCCUCCCAGCUUGAGCAAGUAUGACUUCCACCCAGACUCCCCCUGCAGGACCUACCUGCACAGCUGAGAGGAGACCACACUCUGACCACAAACAAAAACCCUCUUUCACAAACUGUCUGCAAGUGUGAAAAAAGAAAAAAUCCAGAUUUUCAUGGACCCUGAGUCUGAAUGUCACCAUCAAAAAUAUGCUCCGGUCAGAUUUUAAGUGUCAAAGGUUCAGUUCACUUAGAUUUCUUCAUGAUAUCAAGGAUUCAGAACUGAAAAGCUACCUUUAAAAAAUCCUUAGCACUUUACUCCCAGAAACACAUUUACUGAGAGUUUAUUAGGGACUCUUUCUUAAGCAGGAAAAUCAGCCGAAUUCAGUGGUUCUCAAGUCCAGUCCUUGAGGCCCACUGUCCUGCAUGUUUUGGAUGUUUCCCUGCUCCAACACACCUGAUUCAAGUGAUCAGCUCGUUAGUAAGCCAUUACAGAGCUUGGUAACGAGCUGAUCAUUUGAAUCAGGUGUGUUGGAGCAGGGAAACAUCCAAAACAUGCAGGACAGUGGGCCUCGAGGACUGGACUUGAGAACCACUGGCCUAAUUCAACAUUCCUGGAUUUUUAUUGAACAGAAUUUGAUUUUUCAGAAAGUUUCCCUCAGAAGCUUCAUUAUUUUCUUUAAUAUGAGCAAAGUAUAUCUCUUUGUUGAGCUGGGCACAUGUCCUGUAAACAUUAACGGGACUUGGUGCAACAUUAAAGUCAUACUAGGUUAACACUCAGUCAGUUAGUUUACCUGAGAAAGCAGAUUCUAAACCCUGGUCUGAAAUUGUGAGAUGGAUCAUGGACAACUUAAGCAAGAUCAUAUAUGGCGUGUUUGGAUUAAAAUUUCAGCUAAACUUAGAUCGUGGGGACCCUUUUAGUUGCAGGAAGAGAGGAGGCGGCCCAUCAGACAUUAAAUGGGUUCAACAUAAAUGUUAAAGUUAGCCCCCAUAGAUAAUGAACUGAAUGACAGUUAUUUUGGUCUUCAGUACAGUCUUUAUUUGAAGAUAAUCAGUCAAUGGAGCUUAAUUCUUGAUUAACUUUGCCAUCUUUUUACCCUUCAAGUUAAAGCCGUAAUGUAAAAGUCCUUCAGACCUAGGUGACAUUUCAUCAGAGAUCUGCAGACUCAGAAAGAAAGCCCUUUAGAUUUUCCUAUCCUACAAAAAAAUCCAACAAAGCACAAAUUCAGCUUUUUAAAAAUCUUCCUCUGAAUUGUGUUUACUCAGCAUCCUAUCAAUCUAAUUGUUGUCUUUGAAACAAAGUAAAAUCUAAUAAGAAAGAUUUCAGCUAAAUUUAGGCUGACGACUGAAACACAGUGACACAGAGACUCCGCAAAGACAGAUACAUCCAAGCUGUGACUCAGCAGAAGCAGAUACAUUAAUAGUAAGUCAGCAAGAACACAUACGAUGAAACUGACACUCAACAGAAACACAUACGAUGAAACUGAGUUGGCAAUAACAAAUACAGUGAAACUGUGACCCAGCAGAGAAAAAAAAGAGUGAAAAUGUGACUCAGUAGAGACAUUUACUGUGAAACCAAGACAUAGCAGAGAUAGAUUCAGUGAAAAAAGACCCAACCGAGACAGAUACAGUGAAACUUAGACUUAGCAGAAACACAUACGAUGAAACUGAGUCAGCAAUAACAAAUACAGUGAAACUGUGACCAAGCACAGAAAGAAAAAGAAUGAAAUUGUGACUCAGUAGAGACAUUUACUGUGAAACCAAGACAUAGCAGAGAUAAAUACUGGGAAAAAAAGACUCAGCCGAGACAGAUACAGUGAAACUGAGACUUAGCAGCUAUAGACACUGAAAUUUAGACUGAAGAGAACCUGACACAGUGAAACUAAGACCUAUCAGAGAAAGUGAGGUAUGUGAUCAUAGAAAUCCAGGUACUCAUCCUUGUUUGCAUGUCAUCACUGUUUAGCCUCAAGUAGCUUCAAGCAACAAGGAAGUGAAUUCAGUUCAUAGGGUGGGGGGAUACCCAAAAGAAAAAGAUUCUAGGUGAUGCUGUACACUCAAACCCAAGACAUUUCAUUUUCAGAUUUAUUUAAAAAUUCAACUUUGUUCUACCAACAUGGGUUAACAUGAAGAUCUUACAGUCCAACUCCUGAAAGCAGCAUAGACAGAAAUUCACUCUCUUUUCAAUCUGAUUGAUCACUAUUUGAAACCCGUAUUUGUCCACAUCCCUUGUACAGUCCCUUGUGAAAAGCUGGUUAUCAUCCCCUAUUCUUUUUCUAAAGCUUUCUUCUUUCAUUUGAGGAGAGGACAGUUCGCUGGUCACAUGGACAAUGAGCAGAUUUGUAAAGAGGAGCCAGAUGUUGGACACUUUUGAGAUGCAUGCGUGUCAAGCCAGGAUGACACUCAUGCGGCAGCAUAAGCUAACCCAAGUACACCAACUUGUAAGGUACACAGGAGCCUUUUUAUCCCCAGGUAGGACCGCUUUUUCCUCCUUUCCUCCUCAAACACCCUCCCUGAGGUGCUAAAUUUGUGCUCAGGGCAAAGCAGGAUGGAGACCAGAACUCCUGGGCUUUGAGAGGACUCCAGACUUUGUGAGUACCUUCAUUUCCACUGGACAGAGACUCAUGCUGUGUUCUUUGUUACUUGUCCGGCUUUAUUAAGGUGGAUAAUAUUGGAACUAUUUGGCACUGACACUUGAGUGUAUUGCUCCUGAAAAAUAACGGACAAAUGAAGAAAUGAAGAAAUUUAUGUGCUUUAAUUUUUACUGUUACGCAGAAUCUACACCAGAAAACAACACUGAAGAGGACACUUUGACUCACCUCACUUUGUACUGUACACUGUAAAAAACAAACGUGUUGAUUCUGCUGUUGUCAGAUUAUAUGAAGUAUCACAGGUUUACUCCCUGAAGAUACUGUUUGUGUUUGUUACUCUGUCCAAUGAAUCAAAAUGUUUGGUUUCUGUGAAAAUAUCGGGCAUUUUCUGUUGUCAUUCAAUCUUUUUCUGAUGUUACUGCACAAAAGGUUAUUGUCCAAAAAUCACCAAAUACACUGCAGCAAAACCUGUAAAUCUCAGCCUCACACCAGAACUGUUCUCAAUAUGUAUUUUACUUUAUGUAUCACUGUGAUGGUUUAAAAAGUAAUAUUGUGUUUAAUCCUGGGCACUACUUUUACAAAUAUGUAGGGGUCUAAAUGUCUAGUAAGAUUGAAACCUUUGUACAGUUGCUGCUGUAACUUCUCUAGAAGUCCUCUCAGAGUUCUUGCAUUGUUAUAGACUGGCUCUAAUUGUUAUUUUAAGUAUUUAACAACCUGAUCCCUGCCUUUACUUUUUUCUGGAAAGAAAAUGAUGCUUUCAAUAAACCAAAAGCAGCUUUUACAUUCCUUUUGCUUAAAGUUACCAGACUCCAUUGGAAAAAAAAACAGCAAUUAAUCCUGCACAACAGAGUUUCUCCUAUUCUGCUGCUUUCAAUAGGAAUGUUAUCCAUGUUGAUUUGUGGAUUUUGUGUUUUAAUCAGCUUGUUUUGAUCCAUUAAAACUUUUAUAUCACACACAGUAACACAAAAAAAAUCCGGCCAACGAUGUAAAGUAGCUUUUGUCGUCUGUGAAGUUUAAAUUGUUGUUUUUUUCAGUGGAGUCUGGUGUCUUAAAAAAGGAUGGCGUUUACAGACAUUUUUGCUGUAAAGAAAAAAAGCAUCUUCCUCUUUGAUCAAAAGGUAAAACAAUCUGAAACUGAUGUGGGGAAAUUACAAACUUUUAGUGGACGUACUUUGAUUGGCCCCAAAAGUUAUGUAGCAGUUCCUAAACCUUUAUGUAUCUACUGAAACUGUUUAUUUUCUCAUAAAAAGAGCAUGUUUUAGUUUUGCCGUUCUGUUUCAAAAUUGAUGGAGACAACUGUUAUGAUUAAGCAAGAAGGAUUAGCCUUUCUGGUUUGAAUAAGCAGAUAAAAUGCAGUGAUAAGCCGACAUCAGAGACAAUCUGUAUGACACUUAACUGGGUAAUUGGUUGAGCUGUAUACUGAUGUAGGCUGUCAUUGAGAUCAACUGGUGCAGCUUGAUGUCAUGGCUUGCCUGAACUAACACCAUGCUCAAUGUCUAACUUUAAUUUGUUCCUACGUCACUGUAUAAAUUCCAGUCCGGUAUAGUACUGCUCUAAAUGUGCUCCCAAUUGUAUAUUCCUUUUUGUAGUUGUAAAGUUGUAAAUAAAAGUAAGUGAAUUCAGGUGUGUUUCACCUGGUUAAAUGUUAUGUAGCAUAAAACAAGCAGCCCUGAUAUUACGUGUUCACAAUUUGAUGUUUUGUGUAAGAGUGACUGCCUGCACUGACACUCUUGUCAUAGUUUUCUGCACGCUUGUGUGUACUGUACAAAAAUGUUUGUAUGUAUAUUUCCCAGAUGGUUGAAAUUUUCAUUUGUAAUGGGAAUUUUUUUCAUUUUAUCACUGAUUUAAUUUGGGUUUUUUUUUCUUCUCAAUUGACACCUUAUGAUGUGAAAUUGACUGAACACUGCCUUUUGGACACUUUAAACCUUUGGUACUCUAUAUUUUUGUAUAAUGUACACUGUAAAAAAAGAAUAAAUCAACACUUGUUCCAGUUUUUUUUGCUAAAACGUUAAUAGGCAUAUCUGGAAAAAUGAUGAUGCCCUUUUAAGCAUUGUUAGUGGUUUUCUUUUAUCUCUGUAAUGUAUUAUGGGAUUGCAUGUGUUUCAAAAGUUGGUUAAAAUCGAUGAAAAGUUUUUUGAAAUGUUUUUAAAGCUUUGUGAAUGUGGCACAAACAAGCAGACAGGAGUUCCAGGAUGCACUCUCAGUGACUUCUCUCCAUCAAUGUCCUUGUGUCUUGAAUAAUUGAUGAUCUAGCGAGGACAUCCAUGCAGGUGAGUCUCUAAGAGCUCAAUCUCCAUUUUUCCCCUCACGUCAUGUUUAUCAUGUUUGUUCUUCAUGCCUUUAGGUUAAGAGAUCAGAACUUUUAAAUAAUUUAAGCUAAAGGAGUACCCGGUGGAGGAACAGCAGCUAAUUCAGCGUCACAUCCCGGGGGUACAAAGACAUCUGGUGAGCAGCACUCCUCUUCAAUCUCCCAGUUAAAUUUGUGAUGAAAACCAAAGACACUAAAAUAGACAACCCCCCUGCAAGUGUGUCCUACAUUUCUCUAUACAUUUACUUUUUUUUCUUCCCACUCUGCAGCUUGAAAAAUUGGAGCAAAAACUUCUAAAAUAUUAAACACAACAUAUAGGACAUAGUUCUAUUUAAAACAGCCUGUUUCAUGCUGCAUAUAACUGGUACUUUAUAUCAGUCUGUUUCCUUUGAGGCGCGAAGAUCAACAACUGUGGGGAAGUCAAAAAAAGCACAAAAUGUCUUAGUUCCAACCCCCAUUGUAAAAUUUCUGCAAGACAUUGGGGUGAACAGACAUGAAAGUGCAGCAUGUUAAAGUAAGGAAUACUCAUACAACCAGUGUGCAACCAGUAUUAUUUUUAUGCAGACAAUAAAGCUGCUUCAUAGUUUUUUCUGCUA